AGAGUAUAUAUGAGCAGCAGCCAGUCCUGCAUGGAGGUCAGACAUCUUUCUGCACUGAGACAGAGAGUGAUCACAGCCGCACAGAAUCCUAUUGAUUAUAUUCAGAAUUUAAGAGAAACAAGAAGGAACGAGAGAGCAGAUUUGGUGCUACAGAAAACUGACAAGAACCAAUCAGAGAUGGAGCUUCUGACAGCCGCCCUCGUCAUCGUUAUUCUGUCCACAACAGCCUCCGCUAAUCCAACUGGUUCACGUCGGCAUCAUGAUGCAGACAUUGCUGACCAUGACUUGAAACAGGGAUGGCUGGAUGGGAACAACAGGUGGUCUUGGUCUUCUGAAUCUACUGAAUCUUCGAGCUACGAAGACUCAUCUGCAGAGUCGGAUCAGUCAGAGUCGUCAGAAUCCAGCGAAUCUUCAGAAAGUGAAUCUUCGGAGGAAUCCUCUGAGGAAGUUCUGAUCACUGAUCAGACCACUACAGUCGUGACCACCACGGACAUGACCACCACGGACAUGACCACCACUGGCAUGACCACCACAGACAUGACCACCACAGACAUGACCACCACAGACAUGACCACCACUGACAUGACCACCACGGACAUGACAACUACCGAUAUGGAAGACGGGAGUACGCCCACUCCUGAGCCAGACACAAUGACCACAGAUGAGCCAACUGUGACAGAAACAACGCCCCCGCCUGCCACACCGACCACACCACCCUGUGAUGUUACUCAGUGUGUUACCCUGGAUAUUCCAACAGGAGCUCCCAUCACAGAAAACAGAGGAGACAACUAAACAACUGUACUUCCUUUAACCAACUGUAAACAACAACUCACCAUGGUCUUAUAUAUAUAAAAAAAAAUGUGUCAUUUUAAGGGCACAUUUUUAAGUCUAGUUGUGAGAGGUAAACCUCAGUGGGCUUAACAUGAGUAUAGAUGGGCUCAGUCAUUCCCUUGGAAUGUGUUAAUUUUUUUCCCAUCCGAAUCAGGCCCUAAAUUUACUUAGUCCUAUGUUACCUUAGCCUUAUGUUUCCUCAGCAUCCAAGCUGGCCCUUAGGAUAGGGUUAGGGUUAAGGUUAGGGUUGCCCAUGUUAAAAUCUGUCCAUAACUUUUUGAAAAGUCAUGCUCACAAUAUCAAUGACACAGACAAUGAACAAACAGACAAAACAAGGGCAAAAACAUUACCUCAUUGGUGGAGGGGCUGAUCUGAUGGAGCAUAUGGCUAAGGAAACAUAGACACGCUCACGCACAGAUACUCACAGAUAUAAAACGGUCAUCUAACUACCUAACAGUAUCACUACAACCCAAUCACCAGAAAAAAAUGCUGCCGUUCUAUGUUUCUGCAAACCAUGUGUAUGUCAUAUUUGUGCGUGAUUAUGUAGUGGAUACAUUGAAACUUUAACAUUUCAAAACACUGUGCGUGGAUUUAGGCACAAAAAACACUUGGUUAUGGUUAGGCACAAUUCUUACUGGAAAAGCAGUGCUAUCUCUGCAAAAAACAACCUGUUUUCUUGCCACUACCCCCACUGGAAAAAAGAUGACAGGUCGCUUCUAAACACCCACGUUUGGUGUCUACAAAGCAGCUGGGAAAACAGCAAUGCCUCAUUUAAUUACAGCCAUUUCAGUUGUUUGUUGGUCUCAACCUGACUGGACCUAUGUGCUACCAAAGAAAAAGUUCCUAUGAAAACAGGUGGAGAGACAAAUAUCUCAAAGCCUGGCACAAAAAAACAAAGCUCUCUUUCAGGGUAACUGAGAAGAGUGAUAAUGAAAAGUGGGGGAAGUGGCUCUUUACCAUUAACUGGUUGUGUUGAUUGUUGGUCUCCAGCAGUGGUCUGGAGCCUGGGUGGCAUCUCACCUUGGUGACACACCAUCCACCUCCAGAUGACAAAGUCAGCUCAUAUACUACUGUGUGUCACAUUAGAAAUGUUAAUAAUAUAUUUUUGAAACUGCAAAUGUAAUAUAUUCUUUGCAGAAUCGUACAAUGCUAACAUUUUCUCCUGGUGACUGGGCUGAUCACUAGCUGCCUUAAGAUGCAAGUCCUGCAAUGACCACUAGAUAAAUUCUAUAUUAUCUAUUGUUGUGAUUACAUUGUCUUUUUUUCUUUACCGAUAUAACAUGUUGACCUGCAGUGUUUUAGUCAUCAGAUGGUGAUGCUUACAAAGCAACUUUAAUAGCGAGACCAAUAUAUUUAUAAGGUAAGAUGACAUAAACAGAUUAAUGGCUUACUCAUGUUUACCUUUAAGUAUUAUUAGGAAAGUACAGGAAGAACAGUUCGGUGGAUUUCUUUCAGUGUGCCAAAAAUAUCCAGUCUCAGUGUUUCUGCAUAGAUCUGCUCUUGAAGCAUUGUUGAAAGUAUUUUUAUUGUUCAGUAUUUCCUUGUGUGGCACCUGCAGCACAAGGUUGUUACAAGUACAAAUACAUAAUCUGUAUAUUGCACUGGAACUUUACCAAAAAACGUCCCCUCUGCAUGAAGCAUCCAGAGUAUGUAUCCCACAGCAGUGUGUUUAUAGACUGUGGAGGGUGUGCCCUGUUUAUCUUAUUCACAUUGUAAAGACAAGAGCUAACAAGACGAACUGAGUUAUUGCCACAGUGGGUUGCUUUAAUUAUGGGCUGUGAAUUCGUCUUUUCCCAAAUUAAAUAUGGCCCAGAGGGCUGAGGACAAAACCUUAA